GGGAAUUAGGGCACGCCUAAAAAAUCAUUCCACGAUCCCAUUUUCGACAAGCAGCCCAUGCGCGAGAGCUCUCUUAGGCUCCUAGCCCGAACCAUGCAAAGGCAAGAGCAAGGUGAGUUGCUGUUGAAUCUCACAAGAAGGUGGCUGCAGCAGUAACUACUGGCUUCAUGUAUUUGGAUGGGCUUUCGGUGGUGUGCUGCUUGAUGAUCUGCUAGUUGCUAAAGGCGUGAAGGCCGCAGCUCUUAUUCAUACUUCCUCCAUUCGGCCAAGCAAGAGCAGCUGCCUUUUUUUUUGUCUCAAAAGAACAUCAGCCAAUCAAUCCUCUCAAAGAAAUUUUCAGAAAACUGACAGGAUCAAAAGGGUUUGGAGUUUACCAAUCAGGUAGAGCAGUCAUCGACCUGGAGAUCAACGAAUAUGCUUCUCCACUUAAUCUAUUGAAGAAGAUCGAGGAGAAGGAAGCUGCAAUUUUCUGUUAUAGUGUUUGCUAAGGUGAAUCUUGAUCAAAGUUUCUUGAGUUAGCUGCUAUUCUUGAGGUGUUAUUACUUUAAAUCAAAAUGAGUAGAAGGGGUGGAAAUGUUUACCGUAGAAGAGGAGCGCCUGAGGAAAGGUGUGCGCAUCGUACUUUUUAUUCUACUCCUGGAUCAAUUGGAUAGAAUCAAAGAUGGAUCACCAUUUUGGCUUAGGGAGUUGGAUGAUGGUUCCAACACAAAACACAAUUCCUCAUGAUCAUAGCUCCCUCCAAGCUCAAUAUUACCAACAACAACAACAGCAGCAACAACAUCUUUUGCCCCAACAACUUCAACAGCAACAUCAAGAACAUCAAGACCACAAUCACCAUCAGUCACUGGCUUCUCAUUUCCAUCUUCUUCAUUUGGCCGAAAGCUUAGCUGAAGCAGUUGGAAGUGGAACAAGAGAUCAGCAGUCUGAGGCAUUGAUGAAUGAAUUGGCAAACCAUUUUGACAAGUGUCAACAGCUGCUGAACUCCAUCUUAGGAUCUAUUACCACAAAAGCUAUGACAGUUGAAGGACAAAAACGUAAGCAAGAAGAGACUAAGCUGCUCCUCAAUCAAAGAAAGGAGUUGAUUGCUAAGUACAGAAGUUCUGUCGAAGAGCUACUAAAUGCAGAUCUCAGCCGGUAGUCCGGUUGUCCAGCAGGCUGUUUUAUAUGAUGGAAUUGUUUCACCUCCAGAAAAUUUCAGCUAGAAACUGAAGAUUACCUUACAUUUUGAUAGUGAUUUUCAUGAUCAAUUUUAAUUUAUGUCAUCUCUGUACCUCCGUUGAUGUUCCCAAAAGAAGAGCUUAAGAUAAUAGGGUCCUAAUUUGUAAGUUCAUAUUUGAUCGUUCAUGUGCUGCGAGGAUAGCUAUCUUGAGCUUAUCGUCCUUGAACUUCGAAAGCGUUUAUUUUACUGUAAUUAAAUGUUUGUUUACUUGAAUGACUAUCAUUUUGGGUUAUUUUAUAACUUAUCUUCUAAGUUAAA